UCUCCGGGUUUCCCGGUGGAGGAAGGCGCUUCGGAGUUAGAGCCGUCAGGCGCGAUCGGGCUUUGUGGGGGGCUGGCUUUUUUGGGGGGGGGUGUUUUCCGCCUCCUCCAGGCCCCUCUGUUUUCCUUUUUCUGAAAUAUAUAUUUUUGGAGAUGUUGCGCGUCUUUGCGCACGUCUGAAGCGCAGCGGCCGCCCUCUGCUCCACGGCUCCGAGGAUCUGCGCUACUAUCAGGGGAAGCCGCAGCUGGGGAGGAUCUCCUUCUCCCCAGCCCCACCCGCUUACCAGCCUGGCACUUCGGGGAGAGGAGGCGAUGUUGCUCUAGCCACGUGUACUUGGACGGAGGGUUUGGGGCUGGAGUGCCCCCUCUCUCUUUCCACCUCCUGCUAUGUAGAAAAGUGGGCGAGGGGGGUGACCUGGGGGAGGCGUCAUGAUAGUUAAGGGGAAGGGGAAACCUUUCGACAGCGGCGAACUUCUGAAGAUUCGUCAACUCUCCGUUUGCCGCCCCCUCCCGCGCUCCGAUCAGCCCAGAGGCUUGGGUGAGAGGCGCUGAACCCCUUCCCCUACCGCGCUCUGUAUUGCUCCAUCAUUAGCUCGCCUUUUUUUUUUAACCCUCCCGCCUCCAAGAUGGCAGCUAUCCAAGCCCUCCAGCAGUGGUGCAAGCAACAGUGCGAAGGGUACAGGGAGGUCAGCAUCACCAACAUGACCACCUCUUUCCGGGACGGGUUGGCUUUCUGUGCUAUCCUCCAUCGCCACAGGCCGGAUCUCAUAGACUUCAAUUCUCUUAGCAAAGAAAACGUCUUUGAAAACAACCAAUUGGCUUUCCAAGUGGCAGAGACGGAACUGGGGAUCCCUGCCUUGCUGGACGCUGAAGAUAUGGUCGCUCUCAAAGUGCCAGACAGACUGAGCGUCCUCACCUAUGUUUCCCAGUACUACAACUAUUUUCAUGGCCGAUCACCAAUCGGAGGGGUGUCUGGAAUCAAACGCCCUCCAUCCAAACCCAGCGAGGAGCCGACUGGGAAAAAGGUGCUUUCCGAACCGGUAGCGCCAGCCCCUGCCAAACCAUCACGAGUCCAUCCAUCACCUGAACCCAAGACAGACUCAGCCCUGCAAGGACGCAGCCUGGUGAAGGAGAACCCGCCGGCGACAGCAAGACGGGUCUUAGAGGAGAGCAGCAACACGCGGAACAGCAGUUGUGCCAUCUGUGGGAGCCACGUGCAUCUGGUACAGCGGCUCCUGAUGGACGGGAAGCUUUAUCAUAGGAACUGUUUCAGGUGUAAGCAGUGCUCCAGCACCCUCCAGUCUGGCAAGUACAAAACUGGGACUGACCCUGGCACUUUCAUCUGCAACCGGCACGAGCAACCCACGCACCCCCAGAAUUCCUUGUCUGUCAGCUCAAGGGGCGUCCCUGGAGACGAUAAACCUACCGGUACCACGCCUGCCGCAAGGAACGACUUGAAGGGACUUGCAUCCAAGGUGCCAACACAGGAAACCGUGAAAACGAGCCAGGCCCUGGGAAACAGCAGUGCCGUUCAGGCAGCAGCUUGUGUGCCCUUCAACCCCGGGAAUAAAAAAUCCAGCUCAGUUUCUGCAAGCGCAGGUUCGCGUUGGUUAGGCCUUCCUGGGAACAAAUCGGAUCCCCAUGAAGCCUCCCCUUCCCUGUCGCACUGGACAGCAUCGUCAGCCAAAACACAGCAGGCUCGGGAGAAGUUUUUCCAGGCAGGUUCAUGGAGUUCAGGACUUUCCACGAACAAAACAGAACCAGUGAAAAAUCAAGGCACUCUUUUAAACCCUCCUUGGGUCGCUGGGAGAGCAUCCUGUUCUGGGGCGCUUGCAUCUGGGACUAGUUCAGGCACCAGCGAGAAGGACAAAGCGAGGAGCGUUCUCAUGCAUGCAUUACCUGGAUCUCAGCCUUCUACCCACCAACCAGGAGGCUACAGCAGUGCUUGGCCCAGCUCGCUGGCAUCUAGCACGAGCAAACCAUCUUCGGCCACCUCUGGUUUCCAACCUCUUGAGAGAAAGAGCGUAUCACCUGUCAGGCCUUCCAGACUCACCAGCGUGCCAACCACCACAGAAGAUCCCAGGAGAGCUCCUCUGGGAAGGUUGCCUGUGGUCGAACGUUCACCCAAGGAUCCAGGCUGCCAAGUAGGAGUUGGGACGACCACCCAGAACAGGGUCAAGGAUCAGCCCAUCAGCAGACCUGCUGACUUUGGGCAUAAACUGGAUGUUAAAGUCUCUAAAGCUGGGGUUGGGAGCGUUACGGAAGAGAAAUCCGAGACCCCAGCGGACUGGAGGUCAAGAUUGAAGCCGGUGGCCGACAGGAGAGCAACUUGCAAUUGGAUGGAAAACAUCUCAUUGAGUUCGCAGACACGCGAUGGUUGCACGGGUAUUGGAGUCUCAAGUUCCAGUGAUGCCAGAACCGCUCAGAAAACUUCAGAUGUCCAUAAGGUGGCUAUCGACAUAACUCUGAGCCCAGCACAAAAUGAGAAAAAGCCAACUCCUUCAGUAACCUCUCCAGCAAAUCCUGAAACAGCCUUUUUUCCCCCCCUUCUAGCAUCGUUGACUGAUCAGCCACCCAAGAGAAAACUAUUGGUGCCUCACCAGGAUAUUUCCAGUGGCUGGCAGAAAGCCAAGCAACAGUGGGAGGAUCUUCCUGCAACCCAGAGGCCGGAGGGGUUGAGCCCCACCAAAAAAACUAUUGCACCUGUGAAACCGUCUCCUCCUAGAGCUUUCCAGAAGUAUCCAACCAGCCAAGUGGGAUCUCCCUCAAAGCUCCACCCAGACUAUAUCCCCGAGGAAGAAAUCCAGAAGGAGGUCCGGCAGAUCGAGAAAGAUUUGGACAAGCUGGAACUCAAGGGGGUGGAUAUGGAGAAGCAGCUGAGGAACUGCGAGGGAGAUGAUACCGAGGAUGUCCUGAUGGUGGAAUGGUUCAAGCUGAUCCACGAGAAGCAGUUGCUGCUGCGGCGAGAAUCUGAGCUGAUGCACAAGAUGAAUCAGCAGAAGCUGGAGGCAAAGCAGUGGGACAUUGAGAGUGAGCUGCGGAACCUCAUGAGCAAAUCCGAUUUCUCGAAGACCCCCAGGGAGAGAGCCAGAGAGGAAGAGCUGCUGAAGUUGUACGUGGCCACCGUCGACGAUCGGAACAAAAUCGUGGAGGAUCUGGACGAGGACAGAAUCAGGGAACUGGAGGAAGAUGAGAUGCUGGCUGCCAUGAUCCAGAAGCUUGAUGUGCCCCGUAACCCCCAGGAAAGUGAAAAGAAGAAAAUGAAAUUUGGCUUGUUCAAACUAUUGAAAACGAAGAACUAGACUGGAGAGUGACGUAUCCUCAGUGGCCGUGUGGCUGGGGACUGAGGGCCUGUUUCCCCUUGCUUUCCUGAUAACCUUCCCUGUGAUGGGGAUGGAAGAGCCAGCCAUAUUUUUUUCUCUUUUAGGAGAGUAAAAACCCUUUGGCUAUAAAGCAGCAGCAGAAGAAGAAGAACUGGACGAGGGCUAUGAUUGAAACCUGCCUUGCUUGGAACAGAAUGUUGGUUAGUAAGGAACAGAACGUCCCUCGUCCAGAAUCCAGAAACUUAACACGCUUUGACAGCAAUGGUGUCACUGAUGUCAUCUGGAGAGCAGCAUCCUCUCCAGAGCAACAGCUGGAGAGCAACGUGUGUUGAUUGGCUGGUGCUUGUCUGUCCAGACGUCUUCAGAAUCUGGGUCUGGCCUGAAGUGAUUUGGUACCUGUUGAGUGUGACUAUUUCUCCCUCCUCUGGUAUGAGACGGUGGUUACGAGAGUCAUAUGGCAUGGAUGUAGGACUACGAGAAACCUCCCAACACGAUUCUGGAUGGAAGUGGGGGAGAAUGGGGGUGAAGGGCACGUACAUGUCUGAUUCCUCUACCCCAGGAAUGCCUUAAAUCCUACAGACCACCACCGUGCUGACAGUUCCCGCCUCUGGCCACUUCCUGAGUUGCCACAUGCAAGUGGGCAGGGAAACUUUCAGGCUCUGUUCACACCUCACUAAACCAGGGGUAGCCAAUGUGGUGCCCUCCUCAUAUUGCUGGACAAUUUCUCCCAUCAUCUCUUGACGGUUGCCCAUACUGGCUGGGCUGAUGGGUUGGGGUCAUUUCAGGGGGAAAGUCAGUUGCCUCCCUGGGUGUCCGCUUUCAGCUUGAUUUUGCUUGCAAGGGCUGCCGAGAGCUUUCUGUGCCAGCCUCUUGUUGUGGAAGAGACCAGCCAGCAAGAAGCCCAGGGC